CCAACCCUCGCCUCACAUCCCCACCCACCGCUCCGGCCGUUCAAGUUCAGCGCCGGCCGCGGGGCAGCCCGCACAGCACCUCAGCACCUCAACACUCCGGCCCGAGCCCCGUGCGCCGCAGCGCCACGACGGACAAAGCGCCGCAACAGGGAAUGGCGGCCCAGGCGGCGACGCCCGCCCGGGCCGACGUCAUCGACGAGGUCUUCCAGGAGCGCGGGAUCACUGAGCCCACGCCCACGCCGCCCGCGCCCGCGGAAUCGAAGCCGCCGGUCCCGCCGAUCGCCGACCCGGCCGAGGGCGAGGAGCAAUUCUUCGACGCCAAGUCGCCGGCUCAACAGCCCACGACACCGCGCAAGUACCGGUUUGCGUUGGACGAACUACCCCCAUCACCAAGUAUGCGCAAGAAGGGCAUCACCUCACCCACACCGGCCGCGCAGUCGCCAGUCGUCAAGGCCUUUGAAGCCAAUCUGGAGGAGAUGCAGAAGUGGCGCAAGCGAGCUUUAGAUGCGGAAUCUAAAUUGUGGGGCUCGGCGAAGGAGCAGUCGCUAGCUUUCCAGGCCGCGACGAAGUGGAAAGGCUUUAAGAAAGGCGCAGGGACGCCACCGACGCGGUCCAAGUCUCCCGUGCGAUCUAGAAGCCCACAACGCUACUCGCGGGACAACGCGUCGGAGGCGCGACGCCUGGCGAAGAAAUUACUAGGUGAAUUGGAGGGUCUCGGUGAGGACCACGCGUCGAUCCGCGCGUCCCUACGAUGGCAGCUCAAGGAAUUGGCAGGUGUGAAAUCAACAUCACCACCACCUGCCUCUAGGUCGGCGGGCAUCUUCGAGGACUUUAAAGCCUCACCGAGAGCCCGACGGACGCCUUCCGUAAGAACGCCGUCGGACUACGUCAUCUCGGGCAAGCGCCGGUCCCACUACGAGAAGGCCAUCGCCGCGGCGCGCACCGUCGGGACCCGUAGGAAAGAAAGAGCGUCCUUCGGCAGCCCGCCGCACAAGCGCGCGUCCGCGAAGGCGCCGCCCGUAAGUACCUGACACUAGUUACAUCUCCG